UGACUCCCUCACGCUGCACAGCGCUGCCUCCCUUUAACCCCUGCCAUCGUCCUCUGCGCACACAUCUUCUAUUUUUUAUUCUCCUGAACAUCGGACCGGCAGCUUUUAACUCUUUCCAGACUUUCAUCCCCGCUUGUGUGUUGCAGCUCUUCCUCUGCUUUUUUUGUGUUGGUUUUCUUCUUUACCGCGUCGGACAGAUGGAGGACUACCACAAACCGGACCAGCAGACGCUGCAGGCGCUCCGGAACAUCGCCGCCCGGCUCCGGAUCAACUCCAUCAAGGCGACGACCGCAGCAGGCAGCGGCCAUCCCACGUCAUGCUGCAGCGUGGCAGAGAUCAUGUCCGUGCUCUUCUUUCACUCCAUGAAAUAUCGACCCGAAGACCCCCGUAACCCCAACAAUGAUCGGUUCAUCCUCUCCAAGGGCCAUGCAGCUCCUGUGCUGUAUGCCGUCUGGGCAGAGGUCGGCUACCUGAAGGAGAAUGAGCUUCUUAAUCUCCGUAAAGUCGACUCCAUCCUGGAAGGACACCCCGUGCCGAAGCAGCAGUUUGUGGAUGUGGCCACUGGGUCUCUGGGUCAGGGUCUGGGAGCCGCCUGUGGAAUGGCCUACACCGGAAAAUACUUUGACAAGGCCAGCUAUCGGGUGUUCUGCCUGCUGGGCGAUGGAGAGCUGUCAGAGGGUGCGGUGUGGGAAGCCAUGGCCUUCGCCUCCUACUAUCAGCUGGACAACCUGGUGGCCAUAUUGGACAUUAACCGGCUGGGCCAGAGCGACCCGACCCCGCUGCAGCACCAUGUGGAGAAGUAUCAGCGACGCUGUGAGGCCUUUGGCUGGCAUUCCAUCAUCGUGGACGGUCACAGCGUGGAGGAGCUGUGUAAGGUGCUGAGUCAACCCCGCCAUCAGCCUUUCGCCAUCAUAGCCAAGACCAUCAAGGGCAAGGGCAUCCCAGCGGCUGAGGACAAGAUGGGCUGGCACGGAAAGCCUCUGCCCAAAGACAUGUCGGAGAGCGUGAUCAGGGAGCUUCAGAGCCGCAUCACCAGCUGCAACAAGCGCCUCUACCCCGCUCCGCCCAACGAGGACGCAUCGUCCGUCAGCCUCCGCAACAUCCGCAUGCCCAGCGCGCCCAACUACAAACCCGGAGACAAGAUUGCGACAAGAAAGGCUUACGGCGUGGCCCUGGCCAAACUGGGCCGCUACAACGAACGGGUGGUCGUCCUCGAUGGAGACACUAAGAACUCCACCUUCUCCGAGCUCUUCAGAAAUGAGCACCCCAACCGCUACGUGGAGUGCUACAUUGCAGAGCAGAACAUGGUGAGCGUGGCGGUCGGCUGUGCUGUCCGGGACCGCAACGUGGCGUUCGCCAGCACCUUCGCCACAUUCUUCACCCGAGCCUACGACCAGCUCCGCAUGGCCGCCAUCUCCGAGAGCAACAUCAACCUCUGUGGCUCCCACUGUGGCGUUUCCAUCGGUGAAGACGGUCCCUCUCAGAUGGGCCUGGAGGACCUGGCCAUGUUUAGAGCCAUUCCCAAUUCGACCAUCUUCUACCCAAGCGACGGGGUCUCCACGGAGAAGGCUGUGGAGCUUGCUGCCGUCACUAAGGGUUUGUGCUUCAUCCGAACAAGUCGCCCAGAAAACAACAUUAUUUACAACUGCAAUGAAGACUUCCAUGUUGGUCAGGCUAAGGUUGUGUAUAAAACCAAUGAUGAUCAUGUAACGGUGGUUGGAGCAGGAGUGACCCUCCACGAGGCUCUGGCUGCAGCGGAAAUGCUGAAAAAAGAAAGAAUCAACAUUCGUGUGAUUGACCCGUUCACCAUCAAACCACUGGACUCCAAGACUAUCAUCGACAGCGGCAGGGCCACCAAAGGACGCAUCGUCACAGUGGAAGACCACUACUAUGAAGGUGGGCUCGGGGAGGCCGUGUGCUCGGCGGUGGUGAACGAGGCCGGCUUCACCGUACACCGCCUGGCGGUUUCCCAGGUGCCCCGCAGCGGCAAACCCCACGAGCUGCUGCGGGUCUUUGGCAUCGACCGCGACGCCGUCGUCCAGGCGGUGCGCAAGAUGCUCAGCAGCUCUGCCAACGCCAAGUAAGGACCGGGGGCCGAGGAGAGGCGGGGCGGCUGGAGCGACGUGGCAACCGGCGCUCCUGUGAACCUGCGAUCACCAUGGAAACAACAAACAAACCCACACCGGAGGACGGGGUGGGGCCCUCGGGGUCUCACCUGAGAGCAAACAUAAGGUUCUGUCAGCAAUCAGGUCCGCUGCAGACCUUUGACCCAUCGGUGGGAGUCCGGCAAACGUCCCCCCCUCCUCUUCACUCACAGAUAUUCACUCCUUCACCCCGUAGCUCCCUUCUACCUCUACAAUGGAAGUGCUGGUGCUGCUGCAGUGUUUCGGUAACAAGCGGUCCUGUGUUUUUAUACUGUACAUUGUGUCUGUGGAGCCGCUCCCCCCCCCCCCCC